AUGCGGAACUGGCAAGAGGUCGCACCGUCUUCUGCAGCUCGCGAUUCGAGCCCAACUCUUAUCGUAGGUUCUUCGUAUCCGAACAUGUGUUACACGCUCAAGAAGAGGCCUUUCCUUCACCCUGUGGCCGGCAGCGGCGCCAAUAUGAUGAAUCCUUUCAAAGGGACACCGAGGAAUGUCAGCGUGAGACUCAACACAAGUAACCCCUCGAGAUUUCGUUACGAAGGCUACCACGGGAGCGAGUUCCUGGGUCUCACAGCGCUAAUCCAAGAACAUUGA